AUGUUCAGAGAGAUCUUACGAUUUUAAAAAAUUUAAACAAAGGGUAGCUACAUACGCGUUCGACGAUCAUAAUCCACCGAUGCUGGAUCAAAUCAAACCGUUUUGCGAAGAUGUACACGAGUGGCUUUCCGGACAUCACGAAAAUGUAGCUGUAGUUCAUUGUAAAGCGGGUAAAGGUCGAACUGGCGUAAUGAUUUGUUGCUAUCUUCUUCACACUAAACAAUUUCCCACUGCCACAGAAGCCCUUAACUACUACGGGACUAAAAGAACACACGACAGGAAAGGGGUAACAAUUCCUUCUCAGAGGCGGUACGUGGAUUAUUACGCUACUCUUGUAAAAGAAGAAUUGAAUUAUCAACCGGUUACGUUGUUAUUACGGAAAAUACAAUUGGAUCCAGUGCCGAUCUUUCACGGAGGUCAAGGAUAUCUGCAUUGUGUAAUAUCUGAGUCGAAAAAGAGGAUAUAUAGCUCUGACGUAGUCGAAAUACGAAAAGGAGUGCACACAGUCAGCAUCCCUUUGAAACACAGCGUAGCGCUGACAGGAGAUAUACGAGUGGAUUUCUUUAAUAGACCAAAAAUGAAACGAAAGGAGAAGUUGUUUCAUUUUUGGUUCAAUACAUUUUUCGUGCGGGACUACUUAACGCCGGAGUACGAUAACGGAGAGUUGCCAGUCGAGCGUUCAACAAGGGCAUUGAGUUGCGACGGUUCAAAUAUGGAAUUACCAAUGGUUGUCUCGCACAUGAAUCCCAUAACUGGAUCGCUAGCUAGUCUCGGAGCUGUGCCACGUACUCUUGUUUUAAGUAUAGAUAAAUGGGGUUUGGAUGACGCACACAAGGAUAAACAUCACAAAGCGUAUAAUGCAGAUUUUAAGGUUAGCUUGUUUAUGCAUCGAGUGGGUGGCAGUAUAUCGCAAGCAGUGCCAGGGACAACAAACAGAACGAGAGAGGGUAUGCAAAUAGGAAUGGGAGGACAAGACACCCCGAGUGAAUCGAGCGAAGCGGAUAGCAGCGAAUGCGAUACAACCGGAGAUACAACGGGUGACGAAGAUGGGGAAUCUGGUGAGUCCUCUGCAUCUCUGGUGGUGAAUCACCAUCCUCUUACACACAGCAGUAGCCGUACACACGUUAGUAUCAACCAAAGAGCUAGUCUCAGAGAAACUGCCAAGGGUUUGCUCUCGCGUGGGGAUAAAAGUAGAAGUAGUCACCGACAAAGUACUAGCAGUGUUAAACGUUCUUCGGCUCUCGUACGUUCAGCCACCUUAGAUACGUAAUAUACAUACAUAUUUAUCGUAUUUUGUACUUAAACGUUGAGUUCUCUGAACUGGCAUCCGAGCUUUACGCCAACUUUAUGCGAAAACACACACA